CGGACGGCCGUCCAGGAGCUGCCGGCAACCGGUCUAGACCUUCUCAGUAGCCCGAUUCUCCCUUUGGCAUGGGGCAUCGUGGUCGGUGUCUACCAGAGCAUCGAUGUCGUGUCCCUCGCCUGCUACGCAGAUGAGACAUCUCGACGGUGCCAGAUCGACCUAUGCAGCGACAAGACACUGGCAACAGCCCUGGACAAAAUCGUCGAAAGCCGUGAGCCAACGGAUGACCUCUCUUCAUGCCAGGCCGCGGUGCGAGUCCAAGGAAGGAACGGGGAGCAUGUCGCCAUGCCACACGAAGUAAGAAUCAUUCAUCCACUCUCUGCCCUGUCUGAUCCCGAGUACUGAUGACAGGCUUAGGCACUGGAGCUCGUGGUCGACUCCACGACGGAUCCGAUGAGGGCCCAGCUGUACUACGCUCCGCGGUCUGCGACCACCAUCCAGGCCGAAGGGAUGCUGAGAGCCUUUUGUCGCGCCGUCCGCGAAGUAGCCACCCAUCCCGAGGUGACGAUCGGGGAUCUCCAGCUCUGCGGCCCCUGGGACAUCGAGCAGCUGCGGUCCUGGUGUCCCCCAGCGUCUGGGCGCGUGGAGGCGUGUGUCCACCGCCGCAUCUUUGACCAUGCCAUGGCCCAUCCCGAACGCCCGGCCGUGGUGGCCUGGGAUGGAACCUGGUCGUAUGCGGAGCUUGAGUACUGGUCCGCGCGCGUGGCAGCCGAUCUGUUGGCCCGGGGCAUCGGCCGGGGCAGCCUGGUACCCAUCUGCCAGAGCAAGUCGCGCUGGGUGGUGGCGGCGCGGUUGGCCGUCGUGAGAAUCGGCGCCGCGUAUCUCCAUCUCGAUCCCACCCACCCACGGUCUCGGCUCCAAACAUUCUGCCGGCUUACGGCGGCCGCGGUGGUGUUGACUGAUGAGCAUCACGCGGCCCUGGUCGAGCAGAUCGGCCUCGAGGGCAUUAUCCUGGGCCCCGAUCAUCUGCCCCCGCAAACCGACGGAUUCGCAGACGUUGCGGUGACUCCCGAUGACACGCUCUAUGCCGUGUGCACGUCCGGGUCGACCGGGACCCCAAAGGCAGUGCUCAUAGAGCACGGCGCCUUCUGCACGGCCGCCAGCGCGUUGGGCCCGGCCCUGGGGCUCACGGCCACGUCGCGUGUGCUGCAGCUGGCGAGCCUGACCGUGGAUACAAGCAACCGCGACGUGUUCAUGACGCUGUUCCACGGCGGAUGUGUCUGCCUGCCGCGGGACGAUGAGACCUGGGACGAUGUCGCCGCAAGUUUUCCUCGGUACCAGGUCAACUGGGUCAGCAUGACCCCGUCCCUUGCGCAUGUCUUGGAUCCCUCGCGCGUCGGACCGGCCUUGCAAGCGCUCGUGCUGGCCGGGGAGCGGCCCACGGCCGCUGUCCUGCGUCGGUGGGCGCCGCAUACCAACCUGAUCAAUGCCUACGGGUGCUCCGAGUGCGCCGCCGUGAGUGCCAUGGAGCCCAACCUGCUGCCGUCGUCGGAUCCACACAGUGUCCGUGGCCACCAGGGCCAUGUGACGCUCUGGAUCGUCGAUCCGGACAAUCCGCGGCGUCUGCAGCCUGCCGGUGCCGUUGGGGAGAUUGUCAUCGAGACGGCCAGUGUCGCCCGUGGCUAUCUAGGGCUCCCCGACUCGGCGCAGGCAGUGUUUGCCGACACGAGUAUGAUGCCCUGGCGAUCCCGCUUCCCUGUCCCAGCACCGGGCGUGAGAUUCUACCGCACCGGCGAUCUGGGCCAGCACACGGGCGACGGCCGGGUCCGGUGCUUAGGGCGCAAGGACCAACAGGUCAAGAUCCGUGGCUAUCGGGUGGAGCUCGAGGAGAUUGAACAAGCAGCUCGAGCCAUUCUUCCACAGCUACACGGGGCUGUCGACGACAUUGUGGUCGACAUGGUCCAACUGUCAGGAGGCACCGAAUCGACUCUCGUGGCCUUCCUGAAGCACCGAGCCAGUUUGGGAGCACCGCACCCGGACGGCGGCGACGAGGCGCUGGACAUUCGGCACGAGAAUGUCGACUAUGCCAUUGAAAACCUGGUCCUGCUCGACGAGGCCCUCGCCUCUCGUCUGCCGUCGUAUAUGAAGCCGGCUCUCGUCCUUCCACUGGGCCAACUGCCGCGAACGAGGUCCGGCAAGCUCGAUCGCCGCCGACUGUGCCAGCAGGCCGCCGACAUCCCACCAUCCGUCGUCGCCCGGUGUCGUGGCAGCAGCACCAGUACGGCCGUCAGUGUGCUGGGUCCGGUGGAACACGAUCUGCAGCGGCUCUGGGCGGAGGUCCUGCCCGAAGCACCAGGCGGCCUCGGACGACAGGCACACUUCUUUCACCAUGGCGGGCAUUCAAUCGCGGCCAUUUCCCUGGUCAAUCGUGCCCGGGAUCACGGACUCUUCUUUACCUUCGCGGACGUCUUCGCGCAUCCGGUUCUGGCGGAUCUCGCUCAGGUCGUGCGGCGCCAGUCCCCGAUGGUUGCGUCGCCUGUGGCCCCAUUUGAGCUCCUCACGCUGGGGCCAUCAACUCUGCAGAGCCUGGCCGUGGAAUGCGGAGUGCCAUCGUCCGAGAUCGAGGACAUUUAUCCCGCCACGGCCGUGCAGGAGGGCCUCCUCGUCCACACGGCGCAGCGGGCGCAUGACUACAUCGAUCAACGGGCAUUUGAACUUCGCGCCGGUAUCGAUCUCUCACGCCUCGUCGGUGCUUGGGAAGCUGUCACGAGAGCGAAUCCCAUCCUCCGCACACGACUGAGCCCGCUGGGCCCCGACGCCCUGGUGCAGGUGGUGCUUCACUCGGCCAUCAGCUGCCCGAUCAUUGAGGGGCCACUAGAGGACUAUCUGGCACAGGACCAGGAGGUCCCCAUGGGCCCAGGCACCGCAUUAGCGCGCCUGGCACUGGUGCAGGGAUCAGACCAGGCAUUCUGCGUCCUGACCAUGCAUCACGCCAUCUUCGACCGCUGGACUGUGCCACUCUUGCGACAGCAGGUCCAGGCAGCGUACGAGGGACAUUCCCUGGGACCGCGCCCAUUCAAUCACUUUAUUCGACACGUCCUCCAGAGCCGCUCCGCCGCCGAGGCUUUCUGGAGCGAGGCUCUCGCCUCGAGCGAGGCCGUGUCCUUUCCCUCGCCACCCGCGGGGACCGGGUGGACGCCCAGGGCAGCAACGUCCAGCGCCGGGCAGCUGGUUCCCCUGUUUUGGCAGAACGGCGCACGCGAGGUCCCCGUUGCGACGCGGAUCCAGCUUGCAUGGGCCCUGACGGCCGCCCUGUACACAGGCGCCACCGAGGUGGUGUUCGGCUUGACGGUGACCGGGCGUGACGCCGCGGUGCCCGGCAUCGACCGGACCACCGGCCCCACGAUUGCCACGAUGCCCCUCGUGGUGGGAUUGUCUCGCAGCGACACCGUCCGGGAGACCUUGCAUCGCUUGCAAGGGCAGAUCAGGGCGGCCAGCGAGUUUGCCCAACUAGGGCUGGCGCGCAUUGCCCGGCUGGGACCCGCCGCCGCUCAGGCCUGUCGCUUCGAUACAUUACUGGCCGUGAACAUGGCGGAACGCGCUCCGACUACAACGACGGAGGAAGAAAUUCUUCGUCGUCCGAUGCAUCAUCGUCGGGCAUCGCCUCGAGAGUAUGCCGUUGCCCUGGAAUGCACGGUCAACGAAGACAGUGUUGCGGUGCAGGCGCAGUUUGACGACCGCACGGUGCUGCCAUGCCAGAUGGACCGCGUGCUGGGCCUGUUCUGCCACCUCUUGCAGGUUGUCAACGGGCAGCCCGAUCUGUCGCUGGCCGACUUGCCUAUCCUCCCCCCGUCCGACAUGGCCGAGCUCCUGCGGUGGAACGGAGUCCUGCCCGAACCCGCCCCGACGAGCAUCACCGAGCCGGUCCGGCAACACGCGCGUGCGAGUCCAGAGCGCCUAGCGGUGCAUGCGUGGGAUGGUGUCUGGAGCUACGGCGAGCUGAACGACCGAGCCAUGCGACUCGCGCGCCGGGUGGCUGCGGCUGGCGUUGGUCCCGGUUCCAUCGUCCCGAUCUGCAUGGAAAAGGGUCGCUGGGCCCCAGUUGCCAUGCUGGCCAUCCUGUUGGCCGGCGCCGCUUUCGUGACCCUGGAGCCCUCCCAGCCCGUGGCCUACCGCCAGUCCUUGUGUCGGCGGUGCCGGGCGCCUGCGGUGCUCACCACAAGACGGAGCGAGCCUUUGGUGUCGUCACUCGGCCUGCCUGCGGUGGUCCUGGUCGACGGCGAGGACCUGCUGGCCGAGGAUGCCGACUGGGUCGAUCGAAGCACAGCAGAUGCCGCCGCCUACCUGGUUUUCACUUCCGGAUCCACCGGGACGCCGAAAGGCAUUGUCGUGUCGCACGCGGCCUUUUGCAGUGGCAUCCAGGGCAUGCGCACCGCCAGCAUUCUGGGCGCCGACACGUGCACGCUGCAGCUGGCAUCCUACGCCUUCGACGUCAGUGUGAUCGAGCACCUGGCGACUCUGGUAUCCGGCGGGUGUCUGGCAAUUGCGUCCGGCACCCAGUGUCAGGAUGACCUGGCGGGCGCCCUGCGCUACUUCCAGGCCAACACCCUGAUCACCACGCCCACCGUGGCGCGUCUGCUGCACCAGCAGGCGGUUGACACGCUGCGGCACCUCAUCCUGGGCGGAGAGCCCUUGACACUGGCCGAUCGGGACUACUGGGCCCCUCGCCUGGCCCUGUCGCCGGCGUACGGACCAGCGGAGUGCGCCGGCCUGCCGCUCAUCGAGUCGUCAAUGGACGCGCAGGCAGACCCGCGCCGCAUCGGGCGGUCGACCACCGCCGGGUGUUGGGUCGUGGACCCGGAAUGCCCAGAUCGGCUGCUUCCCAUCGGGGCCGUGGGCGAACUUCUGCUGGAGGGGUCAUCCCUGGCCCGGGGGUACCUGGACGACACGGCGCGUACGGCGGCCAGCUUCCUCGACGCACCGACCUGGCUGCGCUGGCUCCGGCCCUCAACGCGCCUGUAUCGAACGGGCGAUUUGGUGCAGUAUGCCCCUGAUGGCUCUCUGCUGUUCGUGGCGCGCAAGGACACGCAGGUCAAGUUGCGCGGUCAGCGCGUGGAGCUAGGCCACGUCGAGACGUACACCAUGGCCAGCUUCCCCGGCAUCCACCGCGCUGUGGCCGAGGUCAUCGAGCCCACGGCCACUCACGGCGACCCCGUCCUCGCGGUCUUUGUGCAGUGCACAGCGGAUCCAAGACCGGCUACUACGUCGUCGGAAUCGGCGACACUAGAGGACCCGUCGGCCGCAUUCAAGAUGGCCGCUGCAGCCGCGUUCGCAGCCCUUGCGGCCCGGCUGCCCCGGUACAUGGUUCCCCGUCUGUUCCUCCCAAUUAUGUCCAUUCCGCGUGGAUCGACGGGGAAGGUCGAUCGCCGCGCCCUCCGUAGGCUUGGGGCUCGCCUGUCCCGUGCGGACUGGGAGGCGUAUCAGAACCGCCCGGGCGCUAGGCAGGUGCCGACCACCGCGACGGAGCGCACCCUGCAGGAGUGCGUGUCGCAAUUGCUGGAUCUGUCCACCGACAGUGUGGGCAUGAAUGAUGACUUUUUCCGGCUAGGUGGCGACUCCCUGCACGCCAUGCGCCUGGUUGGCCUGCUGCGAGACCGCCACCUGGUCCUCCAUGUCGCGGACGUCUUUGCCCAUCCGAUGUUGCAGGACCUCGCACGCAGGGCCACUGCUUCUCUCCCGAGUGCGAAUGCCGAUUCCACGCCCUUUGCUCUGGUCCAUGGGUGUGACGCGCAGUCUAUGCGCCGAUCUGUGGCCGUGCGAUGCGGUGUGUCAUGCGCUGAGGUCGAAGAUGUCUAUCCGUGCACCCCGAUGCAGGAAGGCCUGUUUGCCUUGAGCCUGAAGCAUCCGGGUGCGUUCUGGACGCGGGCGGACUACCAGGUACCGGAUGACCUCGAUCUCGUCCGGUUGCAGGCAGCGUGGGCGAAGGUGUUGCAGGCACAUCCCAUCCUUCGCACCCGCAUUGUCCGCCUCGAAGCGGACGGUGAUUUGAUGCAAGCAGUGCUGCGCGUGGAUGUUCCAGGGAUGGAGUCGCAGCCGGACCCGACGGUGACAGAGGGCGCACCGCUGUUGUGCUCGCGCUGGGAUCCGAAGCGCCGUCAAUUCCACCUGUUGAUGCACCAUGUCCUUUACGACGGCUUCUCCAUGCGAUUGCUCCACAACGCACUGCACAAUGCCUACGAGGGGCCCACAACCACACCUGCCCUGUGCCCCUUCCGUCCCUUCGUGCAGCACAUCCAGCGUAUCCCAUCGGUCCAGGUGGAUGAGUUCUGGCGCAGUCAAUUCCUGGGGUUCGCGGGGGUUGCGUUCCCUCCACUGCCGAUGCCGCGAUAUAUCCCCCAGCCGCGGUCCCGCCAGUCAGUCACCACCGCGUUCUCCUUGAACCAUGCACUGGGGGCCACCUUGUCGACGGUUCUUCGCCUGGCCUGGGCCCUGACCGUGGCGCAGUAUACCGGAUCCACGGACCUGGUCUUUGGCCUCAUUACGUCCGGCCGUGGUGCCUCGGUGGCCGGGAUCAACGCGAUGAUCGGGCCCACGAUCGCCACUAUCCCUCUCCGCUUGCAGUGGCAGGCGAGCAGCCGUAUUCGCCCGCUGUUGCGCACGCUGCUGAAGCAGACGACGGACAUGAUGCCCGUCGAGCAGGUUGGGUUGCCGCGGAUUGCGCGCGUGAGUGAGGAGGCACGGCAGGCCUGUCAAUUUCAGACGUUGCUGGUGGUUCAGCCCCCGGAGGACCAGUGUUCUCCGGAUUUCCUCGAGCGCAUCAUUAAGACCCCAACCGAUAUCGCCCGCGCGGAGGAUUCGCAGGUCGAUACAUACGGGCUCACCCUGGUGUGUGAACCCGACGCCGAGUCGCUGACGAUCCGCGCCGCGUUCGACUCUGCGAUGGUCCCGCAGGCGCAAAUGUCUCGCAUGUUGCGCCAAUUCACCACGACGAUUCAUGCAAUCAACGACGAACGGCUCUCCGCCGCUUCCCAGGCCCCGCUAAGCAACGAGGAUAUGGGCGACCUGGCCCGGUGGAAUACUCUUCCGGACCGCGCGCCACGGACCAUGGUCGACCUUUUGACCCCCCGGGCCUCCGAGCAGCCGCCGUCGCUGGCAGUGCACGCCUGGGACGGGGACUGGACGUACGACGAGCUGUGGCGCCAGGCGGAGGCCCUUGUCUUUCACUUGGCUUCUCUGAUCCCACGGGAUAGACAGGAUAGACAAUCCCGCGUGCCGAUCCUGUUUGAGAAGUCCCGCUGGGUGCCGGUGGCCGUGCUGGCGGUCAUUCGUGCUGGUGGCGCCUUUGCGCUCCUGGAUGCCUCGCAACCCCAACGACGCCUCGCGGAGAUCUGCCAGGACCUCGACGCCGACGUCAUCCUUUGCUCUGCCGGGUGCUCCGCAGUCGCAGCAUCCCUGACCCCGCGAGUCAUAGUCUGCCCUACAAAUGGCGCCACGACCGGGACGGCGAACCCAAAUCAGGCCCUCCGCGCGUUGGGCGCCGUGGCGCCAAACGACGCGCUUUACGUGGUGUACACCUCGGGCUCGACCGGACGUCCGAAAGGCAUCGUGAUUGAGCAUGGCGCCUUCACCGCCAGCCUGCGGGCUUAUGUCGAGACGGUCAACAUGUCCCCAGCCGUUCGCGGUUUGCAAUUCGCCUCGUACGCCUUUGAUGUCAGCGUGACCGACCUCCUGGCGCCGCUCGUGGCCGGUGGGUGCGUCUGCAUUCCCUCGGACGACGACUGCCAGAACCGUCUGGCUGACGUCGCCACCAGCCUGCGCGCCAACUGGGCGGAUUUCACGCCGUCCCUGCUGCGGACUCUCACUCCGGACGACGUGCCCACGCUGGCGACCAUCGUUGUGGGCGGAGAAUCCCUGACCCCCUCCGACAUCUCCAAAUGGAGCCCGCACAAGCGGCUGACGAACGUCUACGGCCCGGCAGAGUGCUGCGUGUUGGCCACCGUGCAACCCACAGUCUCGCCGGCCAGCGAUCCCGCGAACAUCGGGUGGCCCACCGGCGCCGCCUGUUGGAUCGUGGACGCCGCCGAUCCCGGUCGUCUGCUGCCUAUUGGCGCCGCCGGUGAGAUUCUCAUCGAGGGGCCGAUCCUAGGGCGUGGAUAUCUCCACCAGCCCGAGCGGACUGCUCAGUCAUUCAUCGCCAGUCCGUCCUGGAUCCGGCAGUUCCGAGCCACUCCCCCUGCUCGCAUGUAUCGCACGGGGGAUCUGGCGCGCUACAAUCCGGAUGGCUCGCUGCAUUUCCUGGGCCGCGCCGAUGCCCAGGUCAAGUUGCGGGGGCAGCGCAUCGAACUCGCCGCGGUGGAGCACCACGUCGAGGCAGUGGUGCCCUGGGCGCAGCAGGUCGUGGCCGAGGUCGUCCGUCGCGGUGACACCGAGAUAUUGACAGCUUUCCUUCUCGCUGCCGGGGACGCGGUCCCUCAUACAGCCGCCGCCGGCCGCUUUCUGGUUCCCACCCCCGAGCAGCUGUCCGAGAUCAAUCAAGCCAGGAACGAGCUCCUGGCAAGCCAGCCGCGAUACAUGGUUCCCGUGCGCUUUCUAUGCAUCCGAAAACUGCCCUUGACGACCACAGGCAAGGCAGACCGCCGUCGCCUGCGCGAGGAAGCGUCCCAGGUCUCGGCCGAUGACCUGGCUCGUGUGUCGGCCGGAUCGCAGACUCGUCCUCGACGCGCACCCGCCUCGAGGGACGAGGAGACUAUCCAGCGGCUCUGUGGGCGCGUGCUCGGCCGUCCGGCCGACGAAAUCGUUCUCGAUGACUCCUUCUUCGACAACGGCGGAGACUCCAUCGCGGCCAUGAGGCUCACCGCGGUUUCGCAGCGAGAAGGCAUGCGUCUGACGGUGCAGAGUAUUCUGGAAACACGUCGGAUAUCCCGCCUGGUCGCCAUGCCUUGUGAACCACCCCGUUCGGCGGCGGCUGCUCGAGCGUCUAUCGCCCCGUUCACCCUCCUUCCUCCGUCCAGUCAGGAGGCCAUCAUUCAGGCCGCGGCUCGGCAGUGCAGCGUCGCGGUGGCCCAGGUCGAGGACGUCUACCCCUGCACGCCCAUGCAAGAGGGCCUGAUGGCCGGCACAAGCAAGGACCCGGCGGCCUAUGUCGCUCAGAUUGAUCUGCCACUGCGCGCGGAUGUGCAACCGGCACGGUUGCGGGAGGCAUGGGACCGCACUGCCAUCGCCCAUCCGAUCUUGCGCACCCGAAUCGUGCAAAUCGAGAUGACCCUGUGGCAAGUCGUCGUCACGGAGGCCGGGGCGUGGGACCAUGGCCCCGUCGAUGGCAUCCAGCGCUCCUGGGAUGGUACGCUCGGCCGCUGUCUGGUGCAUCUGCACCUGCUGACGAGCGCGUCGCCUGUCACUCUGCGGCUAACAAUUCAUCAUGCGCUCUACGAUGGCGUGUCGCUGCCGCUGCUUCUCCGCCAGGUCGGCGUCGCUUACAAGGGCCUGCCGAUGACGACCUCGCCAUUCAACCACUUUGUCGCUCAUCUCCGGGAGACGACCGAUGGUUCCAGGACGGCGGAAUACUGGCGCGAGCAGUUCCGUGGCCUCAAGGCCGCCGUUUUCCCACCACUCCCGACGGCCCACUAUACGCCGCAGGCCACCGCGCGGCUGGACCACACGGCCACUCUGCCGCCCAUGCGCCAACGCAACUGCAGCCUGGCGACGCUGGUGCGUGCCGCCUGGGCUGUGGUCGCGGCACAUUACACUGAUGCUCCCGACGUCGUCAUGGGCGUGACGCUAGUCGGCCGUAGCGCGCCGGUGCCGGGGAUCGAUACACUCACAGGGCCUACAUUCGCCACCGUGCCCGUGCGUGUCCAGCUGGACCCGACCCAGUCGCUGGACCCCUGGCUACAGCAGAUCCAGGACCAGUCGACUGCCAUGAUUCCGUUUGAGCAUACCGGGCUGCAUGAAAUCCGCAAGCUGGGCACAGACGCGGCACGCGCCUGCCAAUUCCAGACUCACAUAGGCGUGCAGUUCCCCGAUGACGACGGGGUCAACGAUGACGAUGCAGACUCCUCCUCCUCCCUCUUUAUGCCGAUGACUGCUGGCCGAGCGCCACCAAGCGUAUUCGCCAGUUAUGCCCUAGUCCUGAUCUGCACCCCCUCCACCGACGGACGGUCGAUGCACUUCGCCGCGCACUAUGACCCGCGCGUAGUGACAAUGGACGAGGCCCACCGUCUCGUCACGCAGAGCGCGAGCGUCCUGCACCAGCUGAUUGACCGCGCCGUGCCCCGAGUCCAGGACCUCCAGAUCCAGACACAGCACGAAGUCGCCCAGCUCCGUCACUGGAAUGCGCAGGCGCCGUCGGUCGAGCGCCGCACUCUGGUCGAUCUCAUUGUGGCGCACGCGCACUCCCAUCCAUUCUCCCCCGCGCUAGAAUUCGAGGGAGCCGAAACGUCGUAUGUUGAGCUGUGUAACACGGCAUCGCGGCUGGCGGUGCAUCUCCGCUCACGUGGCGUGCGGUUGGACACCAUCGUUCCGCUCUGCUUCCCCAAAGGUCCAUGGACCGUGAUCGCUAUGCUGGCGGUGUUGAUGGCCGGCGGUUGCUGUCUCCUGCUCGACGCCGGUCAUCCCCGCGCGCGCCUGGCCGGCCUCGUGCGACAGGCGGGCAGCCGCCUGGUGCUGGCUCAUCCGACGACGGCCAGACAUUUCGGGGACGAACAGGGGACGGAUGUGGAAGUCAUCUCGCAAGCGUUUCUCGCAUCGCUGCCUCAUGUGGAUCGGGAGGAAAUACGCUCGUAUAGCCGGAUGGAGGGAGCAGCUUUCCUGGUCUUCACGUCGGGGAGCACCGGGCAGCCCAAGGGCAUCCUGCUGGAGCACGCCCAGCUCGCCACAAGCAUCCGGGACCAUCAGGAGGGCAUGCGACUGUGCCGCACCAGUCGGAGCCUGCACUUUGCCUCGUACGCCUUCGAUGCCAGCAUUUACGAGAUCUGCAGUACGUUGGCGGUAGGCGGCUGCGUCUGCAUCGUCUCCGAGCAGGACCGCCUGAACGACCUCGCCGGAGCCAUGCGUCGGCACCGCGUCACCUGGGCAACCCUGACCAAUACUACAGCGCGCAUCGUGCAUCCGGCGCAGGUGCCAGGCCUCCAGACACUGGUUCUUGGGGGCGAGGCCGUAACCCAAGACGUCGUCGAUCGCUGGGCGGCGCAUGUGGCGUUGGUGAACGGCUACGGGCCUGCCGAGGCCACCAUCUGCGCCCUAGGGGACAUCCCCCCUCAGGGCUGGCGUCCUGGUACAAUCGGCCGGACGGUGGGUGCCGUGAGCUGGAUCACCAGCCCGUCGAAUCCGGCGCAACUGGCGGCCAUCGGGGCCGUGGGAGAACUCCUCCUCGAGGGCCCGGUGCUGGCGCGCGGCUAUCUCAACGACCCCGAAAAGACCGCCGCGGCCUUUCUGCAGGGCCUGCCCUGGAUGGCGAGCUUUCGACCGGGUCAACAGGACACUCGCGUCUAUCGCACCGGGGAUCUGGUGCAGUACACCUCCGAGGGUCAGUUGCGGUACAUGGGCCGCAAAGACACCCAGGUCAAACUCCGUGGCCAGCGCAUUGAGCUGAACGACAUCGAAUGUCGCCUGUCUCGCUGGAUGUCUCACGCGCGCGAUAUUGUGGUCGAGGUGGUUACGCCCAAGGAGGGAGUCCCGCUCCUGAUGGCGUUUGUCUAUUGCCCUGGGCCAGCCCCGGUUGACCCCUGCUCCACGGGCCUGUUCGCUCCACCGUCCGAGUCCUUUCGCCGCACGGCCAACGCCGCCCAGGUGGGCCUCCGGCAAACUGUACCGGACUAUAUGGUGCCGGCCGUGGUCGUGCCGCUGCGUCGACUGCCACUGACGCCGACCGGGAAGACCGAUCGGCACCAGCUGCGAGAAGAGGCAUCGGUGCUGUCUCGCGACGACGUCGCGCGCUAUAUGGCUGUGACGCAACCAACGCGGCCACCCACCACGGAGGCGGAGCAGAUGCUUCAGGGAAUCGUCGCCAGGGUUCUCGAUCGGCCUGCGGACCAAGUCAGCAUGGACGCCGACUUCGUCCAGCUUGGGGGGGACUCGGUGAUUGCCAUGAAAGCCGCCGCGCAGGCGGGCCAGCAGGGCCUUACACUCGCCGUCGCCGAUCUGCUCCAAACCGACCGGCUGAGCGAGUUGGCAGCUCGACUCACGCAAAGCAAGCAGCUGCGGUCGCCAUCCGCGCCCGAGGACCUCAUAAUACCGGGCUCGUACUUCGGCUUCCGCGCGCAGCCGGCUUUCAUCGAGAGCGUGCAGCAGGAGCUUCCCCCGGCCUUCACGGCCAGCCAUGAGAUCGAAGACAUUCUGCCGGCCACAGCAGGCCAGGUCGAGCGAUUGCGCCUCCCUGUCUUCUACUUCAUCCUGCAGGGCUCCGGUCGUCUGGACCCCGAGCGCCUGGCGACCGCCAGCCGGGCACUCAUCCAGCGCCAUCCCAUCCUCCGCACCGUCUUCUUUCCCUACCGGAACCACGUUGUUCAGGUGGUCUUGCGCCAUCUGCCCUCCCCAAUUAUGCCAUGCACCCUUCCGAAUAUGUCACCCCCCGUCGUGGACCGGCACUGCGCCGACGACAGCCCCCCGACGCCGGUAUUCGCGCAGCCAGCUAUCCGGUUCAUGGUGGUGAACAACCCUGGGCAGUUGACCAGUGGCCUCAUCUUGCGCCUUUCCCAUGCUCAGUUCGACGGCCUGUCCACGGGGCUCCUAUGGGCCGACUUGGCCGCUCUUUACCACAACCAGGGCCUACCCGACCCCAUACCUUAUACGACGCACCUGCACCGCUGGUUGGCGGCGCCAACGCCAGCGGCGCUACAUUUCUGGCGCAGUCUGCUGGCGGGGAGUCAGCCGACCGCCGUCUCCUGCAAAGCCCGCAAUGAGAACACGCCGCCGGAGCAGUUCCUUCUGGCACAUCAGACCAUCAACGUCUCCGAGCUGCCCGCCGGAAUCACCAGCGCGACCAUGUCCAAGGCCGCCUGGGCGGUCACUCUAGCCCAGCACACCGGGGAUAUGGACGUUGUCUUUGGCCAGACCGUGAAUGGGCGUCAUGCUGCGACGGCCGACGCCGUGGGUCUCUGUACCAAUCGGCUGCCGGUGCGCCUGUCGCUCACGGACCUGGGGAUGACCCGGGAUCUUCUCGACCGCGUGCACCAACAGCACAUCCAGUCGCUGCCCUUCGAUGCCCUGGAGCAUGCCGACAUCGUCCAGAAGUGCACCCCCUGGCCAGCCGAUCAACCGGGGUACUCUGUCGUCACCCACCAGAAUUUCGACCUCGAGAAACCGCUCUGUCUGGGCGGAGUGGACUGUUCCCUGCGCAACUGGACCCGGGAUCUUCCUCGCCAGGGAAUCGCCGUUGAAUCAACUCCCUUGUCCGCGGGCCAAUGGCGCCUGCGACUGACCACGUCGACGGGAUUUCUCGACCAGGACGAAGCCGACGCCUUGUUGCGACAGUAUGGGCGCAACCUGGUCCAAUUGACCGAAGCCCCACCCACCACCCCCCUAUCUGACUUCUUUUCACCUUCAUGAACAUAAUUGAACCCCCAUUACUCGCUUCAGAUGCCUAGGUCCCAUCCGCAUAAGUUCCCCGGUUGUCCCACAUAUGUAUAUAAAUGCUUCCUUUUCCUUCGUCAUGUAUGCCGUCUUUUCCUUGUCGAGCGAUGUUCCUCCAU